CGCUAAAAAGAAGAAGAUGGCUGACAAAAUUCUACCUCAGAGGAUUCGUGAACUUGUACCCGAGUCUCAGGCCUAUAUGGACUUGCUGGCCUUUGAAAGGAAACUGGACCAGACGAUCAUGAGGAAGCGCUUGGAUAUCCAGGAGGCUUUGAAGCGACCCAUCAAGCAAAAACGAAAGCUCCGUAUUUUUAUCUCCAAUACCUUCAAUCCAGCCAAGUCGGAUGCAGAGGAUGGUGAAGGAACAGUCGCCUCCUGGGAGCUUCGGGUGGAAGGACGGCUGCUGGAAGAUUCUGCUUUGUCCAAAUAUGAUGCCACCAAGCAGAAAAGAAAGUUCUCAUCCUUCUUUAAAUCUCUGGUCAUUGAACUUGAUAAAGACCUGUAUGGCCCUGACAAUCACCUAGUAGAGUGGCACAGGACUGCUACGACUCAGGAGACAGACGGCUUCCAGGUGAAGAGGCCAGGAGAUGUAAACGUGCGCUGUACUGUCCUCCUGAUGCUGGAUUACCAGCCUCCCCAGUUCAAACUGGAUCCCCGCUUGGCUCGUCUCUUGGGGAUCCACACUCAGACCCGUCCGGUGAUCAUCCAGGCGUUGUGGCAAUAUAUCAAGACCCACAAGCUCCAGGACCCCCACGAGCGGGAAUAUGUCAUCUGUGACAAAUACCUCCAGCAGAUAUUUGAAUCUCAGCGGAUGAAGUUCUCGGAAAUCCCACAGAGACUUCAUGCAUUGCUUAUGCCCCCAGAACCGAUCAUCAUUAACCAUGUGAUCAGUGUUGACCCAAACGACCAGAAGAAAACGGCUUGCUAUGAUAUUGAUGUGGAGGUGGAUGAUACCUUGAAAACUCAGAUGAAUUCCUUUCUGCUAUCCACAGCCAGUCAACAGGAAAUUGCUGCUCUGGAUAACAAGAUUCAUGAAACAAUAGAGACAAUUAACCAGCUGAAGACCCAGCGUGAGUUCAUGCUGAGCUUUGCCCGAGAUCCUCAGGGCUUCAUCAACGACUGGCUACAGUCCCAGUGCCGGGAUUUAAAGACGAUGACUGAUGUUGUUGGGAAUCCUGAAGAGGAGCGUAGAGCCGAGUUCUACUUCCAGCCGUGGGCUCAGGAAGCCGUGUGCAGAUACUUCUACUCCAAGGUGCAGCAAAGACGGCAGGAAUUGGAGCAGGCCCUGGGAAUCCGUAACACAUAGGCUGCUCCGCUCCUCCCCAACCAGA